AUGCCUAACAGCAGCUCCAUCACUGAGUUCCUCCUCCUGGCAUUCGCAGACACGCGGGAACUGCAGCUCUUGCACUUCUGCCUCUUCCUGGGCAUCUACCUGGCUGCCGUCCUGAGCAACGGCCUCAUCAUCAUCGCCAUAGCCUGCGACCACCACCUCCACACCCCCAUGUACUUCUUCCUCCUCAACCUCUCCCUCCUCGACCUGGGCUCCAUCUCCACCACUCUCCCCAAAUCCAUGGCCAGUUCCCUCUGGGACACCAGGGCCAUUUCCUAUGCAGGAUGUGCUGCCCAGGUAUUUUUUUUCCUCUUUUUAAUCUCAGCAGAAUUUUCUGUUCUCACCAUCAUGGCCUACGACCGCUACGUUGCCAUCUGCAAACCCCUGCACUAUGGGACCCUCCUGGGCAGCAGAGCUUGUGUCCACAUGGCAGCAGCUGCCUGGGGCAGUGGUUUUGUCUAUGCUGUGCUUCACACUGCCAAUACAUUUUCACUACCACUCUGCCAAGGGAACGUCUUGCAGCAGUUCUUCUGUGAAAUUCCCCACAUCCUCAGGCUCUCCUGCUCCAACUCCUACCUCAGGGAAGUUGGUCUGCUUGUCAGCAGUUUUGUCCUUGCUCUUGGAUGUUUUGUUUUCAUUAGUCUUUCUUAUGUGAAAAUCUUCACUACUGUGUUGAGAAUCCCCUCUGAGCAGGGACGGCACAAAGCCUUCUCCACAUGCCUACCUCACCUGGUGGUGGUCUCCCUGGUUAUCAGCACCAGCAUGGUUGCCUACCUGAAGUCCCCCUCCCUCUCCUCCCCAGCUCUGGAUCUGGUGGUUGCAGUUCUCUACUCCAUGUUGCCUCCAGCAGUGAAUCCCCUCAUCUACAGCAUGAGGAACCAGGAGCUCAAGGGUGCCCUGGGAAAACUUAUACGUUGGUUUCAUCUUCAGCAGCACUAA